GGGCCGGGCUCUGGAUGCGCCGUGGCUGAUUCAUCCCGCUCCAGCCCCCCCCCCGCGCCCGCAGCUGCCAAAAAUAGCGCUGCGGGAGGGGGGGGACCCUCCACAGCACCUCCCGCCCCCCCGCCUCACCGGCGGCAGGCCGGGAUGGCGGCCACGGGCCGCUGUCCCCGACAGCCCCAUCCCCGGGGCCGCGGGAACCGGGACGAGCGAGCCCACGCUCCGGUUGGCACGUGAGCGAGCGCCACCCGCACCCCCGUGAGCCCGGCCAUGCCCAGCGCCGCGGUGCCCCCGGGGGCGCUCCCCAUGAUCCCGGCCGAGGGCUCGGCGCUGCUCCGCGCCGUCUCCCAGGGGAAAUUCCGCCUGACCCGCCUGCUGCUCGAAGGGGGAGCCUACAUCAACGAGGGCAACGCGGCGGGCACCACGCCGCUGAUGGCAGCGUGCCGGGCCGGCUACGCCGAGCCCCCCGAGCAGCCGCGCAUGGUUCAGUACCUGCUGGAGAACGGCGCCGACCCCAACAUCCCCGACAAGGCGGGCAAAACCGCGCUGAUGCACGCGUGUGCCGAGCGAGCCGGCCCCGCCGUGGUCGCCACGCUGCUCGCCCACGGUGCCGACCCCAGCGCCCGCGAUUACGGCGGGGGCUCGGCGCUGGUUUACGCCCUGGAGCGGGGGGACCGGGAGACGCUGCAGGUGCUGCUGGACGCGUGUCGGGAGCGAGGCCGCGAUGUCAUCAUCAUCACCUCGGCCACGUCGCCCCGAGGCACCAAGACCACCCGGCAGUACCUGAACUCGCCGCCGUCGCCCGCUCUGUGCGCGUCCCCGUCGCAGGUGCAGGUGCGGGCGGCGGCGGCGUCGCCGGGGGCCGGCGGGAGGGAUGAGGAGCGCGAUGUGUUCCGCUUCCCUCCCGCCGCUCCCGCCGCCCCGGAACCGGCCCGGGCCGGGCCCAAGCGGCAGCUGAAGAGGCUCAACUCGGAGCCGUGGGGGCUGGCGGUGGAGGGGAUGCGGGGGGGACACUCGGAGGGGACGCAGGGACCCGCAGAGGGAGCACGGAGAGCUUUAGAUGAGAUAUGGGGACACCCGGAGGGGACACGGGGACCCUCGGAAGGGUCGUGGGCUUCUCCUGAAGGGACAUCGGGCCCUCAGGAGCAGCUGGCAGCAGGGCUGGAGGGGCUGCGGCUGCGCCCCCGCCGGCACAGCGUGGAGGGACGCGAUGUCUCGGGGCUGCCCGGCGCCACCUGGGCAGAGCGGGUGCCCCCCGUGCCCGCCGCGGGGCGUUGGGUUCCCCCCGAUCCUCCACGGGGCAAACCCUUACGCCGGGACCCCCCUAACCCCGAGCUGGGCGCAGCUCCCGGGCCGCUGCGGCACCCGGCGGGGCUGCUGGAGCGCCGCGGCUCCGGAACGUUCCCGCCGGAGCCGCCGGGCCGGGCGGGGCUGCUGCCGCCGCUGCCGCCCCGAGCGCUGCUCCGCCGCCACUCCAUGCAGCCGGAGGCGCUGCGGAACCUCGGCGCUUUCUGCGGGGGGCUGGCACCCGAGCCUGGCUCUUAGGGACCCCCUUGGGCAAAGCCUCGCCCUGCUCUGAACCCCGCUAAGGGUGAACCUUCCAUCCCCGUGUCGGCAUAAACUCUGCACGAGCCCCAGUUUGGGGAGCUGGUGGGGGCACCCCAACUGCCAGGGCCCCCCCCAGAAUCGCCCUCCUGCUCCUGCCUCAUCCUCCCAGCAGCUUUUUCCCCCAGGGUCUGGCGUUAAAGGCCCCAGUGUAGCUCAGUGGAUGUGAGUGAGGGGUGGUGGGCACAUCUGCGGGAUUGGGGGCACAGCUGUUGCAUCCCAAUCUCUGUUUUAAGGGAAAAAAAAGGAGUUUUUUUGAGAUCUGAGUUGUUCUACUGCCAGGCUGGGAGGGAUCCCCAGGAUCCUUGGGGGUCCAGCAGCUUGGAUGGAAAAGGAUUUUAGGGAAAGGGGCUUGGGAGCUUUAAUGAAGGACAAAGAACAAGGAGACAAACUUAGACAAAAUCUUGUUAUUUGACACAAAACAAGGAAUGCCCAGUGGGAUAAAUACCAUGGGAGAUUCACAAACCAUUUGCCUGGAGCAUGGAAAAAAACAACUCCCAGGAUAUUCUGGGAUGGGGAGCUGGGAGGGAUCCCCCCAAUCCCAAGGGAAAUCCCCCCCAACCCUCCGAAACUGCUGCUUCCCUCAUACUUGUCCUUUGAAAACAAUAAAAUUCCAUAAAACCCA